UUUUCCCAAGCUCCUUACCUCAGACAACAACGUCCACUGGACCUGUACACACAUAUUUUAACCUUUGGUAAAUUUGUAGUAAAAUUUAACAUCCCCGUUUUAUAGGUUUUCCAACCUUCAUUUUAUUUACAUUUUAAUCGAAGAGAGAAAGCCUCAUAAUGACGUCAAUUGUUGAGGCUCCAAGGAGCAAAGUAGACGAACCGAUUCCGAUAUGGAUGAAGAUCGACUGGUCGCCGGAGGUCCUCCAUGACAUAUACCGGGAUUGGGGUAUCUACUACUCCCGGCGCCGUCGGGAGAACUUCGCGAUGCACUAUCUGAACAAGGCACUUGAUCUGGAGCCCUUGGACCACAUGACCCUCUACCAAAGGUGCCAGACCAAGCGGAAGGCGGCUCAGAUGCUGGGAGCUCUGUCCGACAGUCGGGAGGCUGCCAAAUUGUCCAUGAAGGUCACUGGAGAACCGAAUGCCAAAAUAAACUUGGACAUUUGCGAUGUUCUCUAUGAGUUGAAUCAGUUUGAAAACAGCAAAGCUGAAAUGCAUAACAAUGUUCGAGUUUUUACUGGAAAUAAGAGAAAGAACUUUGAUCAGCGAUUGCUAGUGGUGGACGAGGUGAUCAAAGAUGUGACUGGCGAGGCCAUGACUGCCUUUUUCUCAAAAAACACCAAAACCGUCAACAUCGUCAAUGAUCUAAUGAAGGAAAAGCAAAAGGUCGAAACCCGUCCCCUCUGGAAGGUCCUAAAGGAGCAGGGAGCCUGCGAUGUUCAGAGUAUUCCCGAAAUCGAAGAGGUUCUGCUGUCGCCCAUGGAGAUUGCCCGUCGGAAGCGGGCCUUCAACAUUUUCCAUCAGUCCUACAUUAAUGAUUCCUGGGUCGAUGUGCUCUUCAUGAAGAUGCUAUGCAAAAAUCCGACCCUCUUGCUGCCCCAGUGCAAGGAGUCCUCAUAUAUCCUGUAUCAGAUCAGCAGAAAACAGUACGAAAUAGUUCGAAAGUUUAUGAAAAUGUUGCAGUCCCGCAGUCCGCUGUACCUGGUUAAUUUCCUUAAGUAUCGAAACAAGGCCAUGUCGGACAGGUACCGAGAGGCCUACCUGUACCGUGUUCAAUACCAGACUCAUCGCAACAUGAACCAGGUCCUCAAACAGAUUCGCGUCCUGCGCAAGCACCGUAGGGUUAAGCAACUGACCAAAUUCGUUGAGGAGGUAAUGGGCGAUUAUGUGGUAUUGAAAACUUCGCGUGUCAUGUGCUGGAAAUUUGAGUUUCUUAACGAGGUUUACAAUACCCUGGCCCUGGCUUUGGCUGAGCAGCUUAGAGUUCCCAAAAACCUGGUCCUGGGAACUUCAGCCAUACUUACCCUACUCCGCUUGCCAAAGGAUAAGGUCAAGGACUUUGUGUCCCUGGUUUUCGGGGAUCGCUCUACGCAUCCAGAACCCGAUGCCGCCGAUCCGAAAGCUACCCGAGCCAAAAAACUCACCGCCCGCUUGGAACAUCGUAUGAUUUUUGCCAAGUAUUCUAUUGAAAAAUGUUACCUUCUGCAUCAAAUAUCGCAAUCGCAUUUGGACCAAGGACGACAUUCCGAGUGCGUCUUCAACGCUCGCAAAGCUAUUAAGGAGAGCAAGAACUGCAAUAGCAAUAUAUGGAAGUUCCUUAGCAUUAUACAAAUUGUGAAGGCCAAUGCUGUUUUGCACAAACUGGAGCAGACCAAGGAGGCUUUGGAGGAGGCUCUGCCCAUUGCCCAUGAUCUGGAUGCCCCGGAACUGGUCCAUUUCACAGAGGCCUGCAUGAGUUGCAACAACGAGGAUGCGAUCACCAAACGUGCCACCUUGAUGCAGUCUCGUAGGGAAAGUCGAACCGAAUCCGUGGCCACUCAUUCGUUGGGCAGUCGAGAUGGGGACUCAGCAGAGCAAUCCAAGAGCAAAUUAUCCACGGAUAAGUUUUCCUAGAUAGUUUCUCUUUUUUAUUGUUUUAUUAUUGAGUUUCUAUCACUUUGGAUUAACUUUACACUCGAAAAUACAUGAAAACACCUCCGAAAAAAAGGCUU